AUGGAUCCUGAAUUUGUGAGAACCAUCGAAGGUAUCAGCAACACAGAGCAACUGGACUUCUCUGCAGCCACGAUUUUUGCCCUAGACUGCCGAGAUCAACCUUCUAUCUUCCCUCGACGAACUCAGGUAAGCUCAGUUGGGGUUACUAGUGCCCGCACAUCUGUGAGUGAUCGGGUUAAAACCCUUCUCCAAGAUAUUAAAAAGGCAACAACCAAACCUGUAGCAGUUGGCUUUGGCAUAUCCACUCCUGAGCAUGUGAAACAGGUUGCAGGAUGGGGAGCCGAUGGUGUGCUUGUUGGGAGUGCCAUGGUGAAGCUGUUGGCUGAAGCAAAAUCCCCGGAGGAAGGUUUGAAGGAAUUAGAAAUUUUAACUAAAAUGUACUGCUACUGA